AUCUGGUGUAUUGGAUUACGCAACAGUGUCUUUUUCCCAUAUUUCGAUUAUUGGGAAGAAUAUAUAUAAAAGCGCUGGGUAUUAAGGAAAUUCAACCAGUGCUUGUGUGAAUUUUGCUGCAGAGCUGAAAUCAAAUUUUUGGAUUUAUCAUCAUGAAUAUGCAAAUUGCUACUGUAGCCGCCUUAUUCGCGGUACUUACCGCCAUCCCACAAACUGUUCUUGGCCAAAGCCAAUUCAACUCAAUUUCCAGCAACACAAUUCCCAGCAACUCAUUCGCCGCAGCUCCUCAACAACCACAAUACGAACCAUACAACCCAGCUUACUACAAUGGUUUCCAAGCCCCCGAACAAUAUUAUCAAAACGGCAUUUCUGCUCAAGACCCCGCCGCCAAUUUCCAAGGUUAUUAUCCAAGCACUGAAAAUUUUCAAAACCAGUAUGCAGCGUACCCUGCUUAUGAUGGCCAAUACGGUGGUGCAUCUUAUGCUGAUAGUGGAGCUUACCCGUCCGCAUUGCCAUACCCAUACCAAUAUCAACCACAAGAACAACUGCAACAACAAGUCUAACUUUAUCGAACAUUUUCUCCCAAUUUUGCCUUUGGUAUAUUAAUUACCAUGACACUUAUCGAAGUUCUCAAUAUUACAGUUAUUUCUCUUGAGAACGCAUUACUUAAAAUAUUAAUUUUGUUUUCGUCUGAAAAAUAAUUUGAACAAUCAACGUUGAAUAAAAAGUAAAAUCAUGUAGGUAUAUAUUUCAAACAAAUACUUUCAGUAUUUCAUUAGAUGUAUUCAAAAUAACUUUAUUUCACGUGUUAUUAAAUACAAAUAAUUCCUUUUUUA